AUGGCCGAGGGCGGGGGCGCGCGGAGGAGGGCGCCGGCGCUGCUCGAGGCGGCCCGCGCGCGCUACGAGAGCCUGCACAUCUCGGACGACGUGUUCGGCGAGUCGGGCCCGGACAGCAGCGGGAACCCCUUCUACAGCACGUCGGCCGCCUCGCGCUCCUCCUCGGCCGGCUCCUCGGACGACGAAGCCGAGCGCCCCGGCCCCGCGCGGGGCUCCGGCGCCUCCGCCGCCGCCGCCGCGCAGGAGUCGGAGGAGGACGAGGCUGGCGCGGGCUGGAGCGCCACGCUGCGGGACCGCCCGACCCCGCACUUCGAGGGCACCGGCGGUCCCACCCGGAAGAUGCCGCCCAGCGCCAGUGCCGUGGACUUCUUCCAGCUCUUCGUCCCUGACAACGUCCUCAAGAACAUGGUGGUGCAGACCAACCUGUACGCCAAGAAGUUCCAGGAGCGGUUCGGGAGCGACGGGGCCUGGGUGGACGUGACGCUGCCGGAGAUGAAGGCGUUCCUGGGCUACGUGAUCUCCACCAGCACCUCCCACUGCGAGUCGGUGCUCAGCAUCUGGAGCGGCGGCUUCUACAGCAACCGCAGCCUCGCCCUGGUCAUGAGCCAGGCCCGCUUCGAGAAGAUCCUCAAGUACUUCCACGUCGUGGCCUUCCGCUCCAGCCAGACCACGCACGGCCUCUACAAGGUCCAGCCCUUCCUGGACUCCCUGCAGAAUGGCUUCGACUCCGCCUUCAGGCCUUCCCAAACCCAGGUGCUACAUGAACCCCUGAUUGAUGAGGAUCCUGUGUUCAUUGCCACGUGCACGGAGCGGGAGCUGCGGAAGAGGAAAAAGCGGAAAUUCAGCCUCUGGGUCCGACAGUGCUCUUCCACCGGCUUCAUCAUCCAGAUUUAUGUCCACCUGAAGGAAGGCGGGGGCCCUGACGGGCUGGACGCGCUGAAGAACAAGCCGCAGCUGCACAGCGUGGUGGCCAGGAGCCUGUGCCGGACCGCGGCCGGGAAGAACUACAUCAUCUUCACCGGGCCCAGCAUCACCAGCCUGACCCUGUUUGAGGAGUUUGAAAAGCAAGGGAUCUACUGCUGUGGGCUGCUCAGCUCCAGGAAGAGUGACUGCACCGGCCUGCCGCCCUCCAUGCUGAGCAGCCCGGCCUUGCCGCCCGCCCGGGGCCAGCACAGCAUCCGGAUGAAGGGGAGCAUGUCCCUCAUCUGCUGGUACAACAAGGGGCACUUCCGCUUCCUGACCAACGCCUACUCGCCCGUGCAGCAAGGCGUGAUCAUCAAGAGGAGGAGUGGGGAGAUCCCCUGCCCGCUGGCCGUGGAGGCCUUCGCCGCCCACCUCAGCUACAUCUGCAAGUACGAUGACAAGUACAGCAAGUAUUUCAUUUCUCAUAAACCAAACAAGACCUGGCAACAGGUGUUCUGGUUUGCCAUCAGCAUUGCCAUCAAUAACGCCUACAUCCUGUACAAGAUGUCGGAGGCCUACCACGUGAAGAGGUACAGCCGGGCCCAGUUCGGGGAGAGACUCGUGCGAGAGCUGCUGGGCCUGGAGGACACCUCUCCGAGCCUCUGA